AUGUCGCACCGACCGGUGAUACGGGUCAUCGGCUCGCUGAACAUCGACUUCGUCACCCGCACUCCACGCGUUCCCGGGCCUGGGGAGACUCUGUCCGCGACGUCGAUGACAGUGCAUCCCGGCGGGAAAGGAUCCAAUCAAGCCGUCGCGUGCGGGAAAGCAGCAUUCACCUCACCGUCCUCUCAGGACGUCGUGGUCGAGAUGAUCGGCGCCGUGGGUGCCGACGACCCGUACUACGCCUCGCUCCUGAAACCCACGCUGGAGAAAAGCGGCGUGAGCACGGCCGGGGUCGAGGAGAUGGAAGGCGUCCAGACGGGCACGGCGACCAUCAUCGUCGACGAGGGCGCCAAUGGCGAAAACAGGAUCCUCGUCGUCCCCGGGGCCAACGCGCGGGUCGAUGACUUGGACAAAGUCCUGGCGCAGGCGACGAACAACAACAACAACGGCGUGCCGGACGUGGUGGUCAUGCAGGGGGAAAUACCGCGGUCGACGGUGCUGGGACUGCUCAAGGCGUUCAACUCGACGACCGGAUCUUACAAGACAUGUGUCAUUUUCAACCCAGCGCCCAUGUUCCCCGCGGGGGUGCCCCUCGCGGCUCUCAAGGGCCUGGCCGUCCUGGUGGUCAACGAGACCGAGUGCCGACAGCUGUUUGCGUCGGUGGAGGAGCUGAAGACGAUUCCCGUGUCCCCGCACGCCGACGACGAGCCCAUGAGAGAGUCGGAGCUCGACCGCUUGACGUCCUACCUCCACGACCGGGCGGGAAUUCUCAUUGUGGUGGUCACGCUGGGCUCCCAGGGGGUCUACUAUUCCUUUGCGACGCCCGACGGCUUUUUGGAGCGAGCGCUGGUCCCGGCCGUCAAAGUGGAGCGGGUCGUCGACACCACAGGCGCGGGUGAUGCGUUUGUGGGAUACUUUGCGACGGCGGUGGCGCGGCAUCUCGCGCAGGUCAAGGACAAGGGCAAGGAUCUGGGGGAUCUCAACAUUCGCGAGGCCGUCACUCGCGCGAAUGAGGCGGCGGCCAAGUGUGUGCAGAGAAGUGGAGCCAUGGAGAGCAUUCCCUUUGGAUACGAAUAG